AUGUGGAUUAUCAACUGGUUCUACGACCUUUUGGCUUCGCUGGGUCUUCUCAACAAGCACGCCAAGCUUCUCUUCCUCGGUCUUGAUAAUGCCGGAAAGACGACCUUGUUGCAUAUGCUGAAGAACGAUCGCGUUGCAAUUCUGCAGCCCACCGCGCACCCUACAUCGGAGGAACUCGCUAUCGGAAACAACCGGUUUACGACUUUCGAUCUUGGUGGUCACCAGCAGGCCCGCCGUCUCUGGAAGGACUACUUCCCCGAAGUCAGCGGCAUCGUCUUCCUGGUCGAUUCCUGCGACCACGAGCGGUUCCCCGAGUCCAAGGCCGAGCUGGACGCCCUCCUGUCCAUGGAGGAGCUCGCCAAGGUCCCCUUCCUUGUUCUCGGAAACAAGAUCGACCACCCGCGUGCCGUGAGCGAGGAUGAGCUGAGACAUCAGUUGGGUCUAUACCAGACUACUGGUAAGGGUAAGGUGCCGUUGGAGGGCAUCCGGCCGAUUGAGGUUUUUAUGUGUAGUGUUGUUAUGAGGCAGGGAUACGGUGAAGGUAUCAGAUGGCUCUCUCAAUACGUCUGA